AUGCAGUCUUUGCUAUCUUUCAAGGGCCUCGUGUCCAGCCUUCUUUUGAGUGGCCUCGUGACGGCUGCACCCGUCGUUGAUGAACUCAAACCUCGUGCAAGCACCUGCAACACGCCCCAGAACCGAACUUGCUGGCAGGAUGGGUUCGACGUCACGACAGACUAUGAGAAGUCCACGCCUUCUGGCGGUCAAAGAUCGUACAGCUGGACGGUAACUGAAGAGACCCAAUGGCAGGGUCCUGACGGCGUUGUCAAGGACUAUGUCCAGCUCGUCAACGGCCAGUACCCGGGGCCUACUCUGUUCGCGGAAUGGGGUGACACCAUCUCCGUGACUAUCACCAACAAGCUUCCUGUGAAUGGAACGUCUUUCCACUGGCAUGGUAUCCGGCAAUUCCAUACCAACAUCCACGACGGUGCUAAUGGAGUGACUGAAUGUCCCAUCCCACCGGGCCAUUCGCACACAUACACUUUCAAGGCCGAGCAAUACGGCACGAGCUGGUACCACUCCCACACUUCUGCUCAGUAUGGGAAUGGUGUUUGGGGACCCAUCCAGAUCGAUGGUCCAUCGUCGGACAAUUACGAAGUUGACCUCGGUGUUUUCCCUAUCAGCGAUUAUUAUUACGACAGUGCCGAUGACCUUGUUCUGCGAACCAUGGCAGGCGAGUUGCCACAUAGUGACAAUGUUCUGUUCAACGGAACCAACAUCAACCCCAAAGAUCCAUCCCAGGGAGAGUAUGCCGUCGUCAAGCUCACCAAGGGUCAGCGACACCGUCUCCGCCUUAUUAACCCGUCCGUCGAGAACAACUACCAGGUUUCGCUUGUUGGACACGAGUUCACCAUUAUCCAAACCGACUUCGUCCCCAUCACCACCACAACUGUCGACAACAUCUUUUUGGGUAUCGGCCAGCGUUACGAUGUUAUCAUCGAUGCCAACCAGGAUGUAGGCAAUUACUGGUUCAACGUGACCAUGUUCCCAAAUAGCUUGUGUGGUAACUCGGAGAACCUCCUGCCAGCCGCCAUUUUCCGCUACGAGGGUGCAACGGAGAGCAACCCCACCGUCGCCGGGCCCAAGCCAACGAACGCCAACUGCCAGGAUGUCACAAACUACGGUCCCGUUGUCCAGCGCAAGGCCGAAGAGGCUGCAUUGCUUGUCGACGCCGCCGAUCCGGAACACCAGAUCAACAUCGACUUCCAGACUGUGACGCCGGUGACGUGGUUCGUCAACAGCAGCGCCGUCAACGUGAACUGGGACAAGCCAGUGCUCCAGUAUGUCAUUGAUGGCAACACCAGCUACCCGCGGAGCGAAAACCUGAUCUUUGUCGACGAGAAGGAUGUUUGGACCUACUGGGUGAUCCAGAACCUGCGGAUUGUUCCACACCCGAUGCACCUUCACGGCCACGAUUUCUUGAUCCUCGGCCACGGCUCCGGCACGUUCAACACGGGUCUGUCCUCCUCGCUGCAGUGGGACAACCCAGGCCGCCGCGACGUGACCAUGCUUCCGGGCAACGGCUGGCUCGUCGUUGCGUUCCGUGCUGACAACCCCGGAAACUGGCUGUUCCACUGCCACAUCGCAUGGCACGUCAGCGGUGGUCUGAGCGCCGACUUCAUGGAGAGGCGCGAUGAGCAGCUCGCGUUCAUCAACGAUGCCGACCUGGCUGCUUUCAAUGAGAAUUGCGAGGCGUGGAGAGCUUCGGGUGCUCCCCCAAAGAUCGACUCUGGCCUCUAA